AUGACUGUGGCAGAGGCGUACGGCAUCGACGUGGACGACGAUGAGCCGAUGCCGUCUACCACCGUGAUCAAGAAGGAAGACCCUCGCUCUGCUCGAGAGUUGACCCUGCGCACACCGACUUGCCUGAUCAAAGCGGAGAAGAGGCCACUGUCCAGCGGUCCUGACGUCGAAAUCAUCCAAGAAAGGCCGACGAAGCGGAGAGCUGAGGCGAGCGCAAACGCCGGCGAUACAAUCGCAUUGCGGACUAAGGUCAAGAAGCUGAGACAAAAGAGAUCGACGCUCAAACGGCACGUCUCCGACCUCGAGACCGAAAUGGGUGAGCAGGAAGAUGAGCUCGCAGAAUCUCGGAUGAAAGUGACCGAACUGGGAGAAGGCAGUCUCUGA